UUGUACAAAUACCUAUUAUUUGUUUAUUCAGAAAGUGAAGAGUCUGAAGAGAGUGAUGAAGAGGAGAUGGUGGCUCCACUGAUACCUAGAACUUUUCGGAUAAACAUAGACACUCCCGAGGAUGAUGACGUUACUACCACCGCAACCGUUCCUACCCAUUUGGAUUUUCCCACGCCUGAAAUGGGAGCAGUACGGCCGUAUAAUCUUCACGAUUUUGAGUGGAAUUCGUUUCCAGACCCUCCAAUUCCACCUAAUUUGAGGAGAGAAAAGUUUUCAAGCAGUAAUGUUGGUCCAACAACUCCGUGUGUCGAUCCUUAUGACACGUUCAUUGGCAUUUGGGAUCGGCAAUUUAUGGAGCACAUUGCCUCGGAAACCAAUAGAUAUGCUCAGGAAGUGAUAAAAAAAAUGAUUCUUAACCAAUCUCUCACUCAAAAAUGUCUUAUGCGUGAUUGGCGUCCCACCACCGCCGACGAACUAUACACAUAUUUCGCCAUAAUCCUUGCGAUGGGAAUUGUGGUUAAAAACAACAUUUGUGAGUAUUGGGAUUCCACUCUUGACAUAUUCUAUACGCCCGGUUUUAAGACACAUAUGACAGCCAAGCGAUUUCAAUUGUUGAACAAAUGUUUGCAUUUUAAUAGCAAUGAGAACAUGUGUGCUCUAAAACUGGACGCUUCCGAGGCCAACUUGUAUAAAAUAGAACCGGUGUUGUCACACCUCAAUAGUAAAUUUCAAAGCAUGUACAACAUGAGUCAAAAUAUCGCGCUCGAUGAAUCUCUUUUGCUGUGGAAAGGUGUGUCGGAUAUCGAUCAAUUUAUUGCAAAUAAAGCCGCCGCGGACGGUAUUAAGACGUAUGAGAUCUGUGAACCUCAAACUGGUUAUAUGUGGCGGUUUGAGGUUCACACUCAUGGACGCUCGUCGCGGAAGCAGUCUCCACAAGAAAAGUUGGAGACUUUCACAACGACCCUUGUUUUGAGACUAAUACAAGGUCUCGAAUACAAAGGACACACGUUGUGGAUGGACAGCUUGUACAGUUCGCCAGUGCUCGCCCGGAGAUUAAAGAGCUUAGGUUUUGACUGCGUUGGUACCUUGAGGACCAAUCGUCAGUUUGUGCCCACGGCUCUGAGCAGUCUGACCAAAGCUAAUAUGCAACGAGGUGAAAUCACGGGCUUCACGUCAGGAGAUGUCGAUCUCAUAGUAUGGAAAGAUCUGAACCGUGUGGCGAUGAUUUCUACAUACCACGGAAAUAUUAAGACUAAUGACAAAGCCUACCCCAAACCAGCUCUGAUUGCGGACUAUAAUAUCAUGGUGGGCGGGGUGGACAGAAAGGAUCAGAUGCUGGCGAUGUAUCCCAUCGAAAGAAAACAAACAAGGGUCUGGUACAAACAAUUUUUCCGUAGACUCCUUAAUGUAUCUGUUUUAAAUUGUUUUAUACUCGUGAAAAAAUCGUCUUCUUCUAUCUGUCAGCGUUCCUUUCGUAGAUCCCUGAUCCUAUCCCUAUUAAAAAAACAUUCUUCCCUUUCCGUUGUCCCAGCUGUACCUUCAAAUAGUAGUAUUUUCAAAAUAAAAGACCAUCACUUAAAACAGUUCCCGCUCUUGCCUGUCACACAUGACCGACAUCGGAUACGACGUGUUUGCACGAUUUGCAAAAACCGGAUUAACACUUUCUGUGUAGGUUGCGAUAAGGCUGUAUGUAUGACCCCUUGUUUUGUUGCGCUACAUCAAUAA